CUCUCUGCCCGGGCGUGGUUGUGCGCCCUUGGGCGGCGGGCUGAGCAGCUAUGACCUGCCUACUCUGCUCUCAAUGGCUUAUAUCUUGAUAGGGCGUUUGGAACAAUUUUGACCCAGUCGUAGCCUGAAGCUUGGCCGUUAUUCACUUUCUGCAUAGGGGACGCAUGAUGGUGCAUCCUCUUGUUCUUUGGAUACAUCCUGCGGAGUUGAGAGAUCAAUAGCUAAGUUUGUGACACUGUCAUUGUCUCCCCUCAUGUGCCCUUGCAUUGCAUUAGACAGCAUUGCAACUGACAGCAUUGCAGAAGACCUUGCGAAUUGGCACCAUCUGGGAGCCUCCUCUCAGCAAAUUGGAAGCUAGCAGGUUGCUCCAGCUAGAAUGAGGUUCGAUCAGUCUCAGAAGCACCAUGCGCGCAUCCUGCUUGCGCUGCGGCACCGCCGCCGACUCGGCCUUCGCCGAGAAGGCCGAGCGCUCGCUCUUCCUGGCCGCACUGGUCACCCAAAUGGACGAUUUCCGCGAGCAGAUGGAGAGCGACUGGGCCGCCUUUUCGGACGAGCUGCACCACCGGAUCCUCCCCGCACUGCACGCGACGGAUGACGUCAGCAUCGACGUCGCCGCCCUGCAGAAAAUGGCGGAUGAUGUCAGGGAGCAGUGCCUGGCAUGGCCCGGGCCGGUGCAAGCGGAGUUUGAGAUGGUCGCCGCGCGGGUGGCCGCCGCAGCGGCCGUCACGGCGCUUCCGAAGCGGUGGCGAGAGAAGCAGGACCUGCUGAACCACUUUCGGCAACUAAAGAGGAAGCUGAGGAGAAAUGGCGCAGUGGAGCGGGACGUCAGUCUGGCGAGCGUUCCAGGCGACUCUUCCCCCGGCUUCAUGGAGGUCGCCCUCUUCUUCUGCACGCUCCGCGCGCCCUCCGGCCGCCGCACGCCCGCCGACUUCUUCGGCACCGCGCGCGCGCCCGCGCCCUCGGAGGGCCUCGUCCGCGUGUCCCUCCCCGACUUCGACGGCGUCGCAUCGAACGGCCCAGAGCUACCCUUCGGCUGGACACACCAUCGAAAACGGGCGACCGGGAACACGAGCAAGAGCCUGGAGAUCAGCUCGUGCAUCGUGCUCGACAUCGAGCAUUUCGUGCACCACGUGGUUGCUGGCCGCGAGCCGGGCAGCCGCGAGACGACGGUGUUCGUGCACGGGUUCAACAGCACCUUUGCGAACUCCGCGCUGAAGAUGGCGCUCUAUGCGUACAAGCUCCGCGAGAAUCCGAUCGUCCUCUUCAGCUGGCCGUCUUUUCAGUCGGUGGAUCAGUACGGCGGCGACGAGGCGCACGCGAUGUGGGCGGUUUCCCACUUCGUUGCCUUUAUGAAGCGCCUGCUGACGUCAUACCGGCUGGAGAAGGUGCACGUGCUCGCGCGCAGCAUGGGCUCGCGUGUUGCGCUGUACGGCCUCGCGCGCCUGAUCGGGUGGAAGGCGCCGAAAGGCGCCGCGCGGCUGGGGCAGCUGGUGCUGGCCGCGCCGGACUUCGACACCGGGGAAUUCUUCGACCUGCAGGCGGAGCUGAGCCAAGUGGUCGAGCGCAUCACCGUGUACUGCUCCGCCAACGACCAGGCCCUCCACCUGUCCGCGCGCGUGCACGGGGGCCUCCCCCGGCUCGGCAACUUCAGCACGCGCGGGCUGCACUCCGCGAGCCGCCACGUGCCCCUCGCUGACAACGUUGACGUCAUCGACGCCACGGGUUUCGACAAGAGCGUGAUCGGCCACACGUACGUCUUCACGCACACCGGCGUGGUGGAGGACGUGUGCGCGGUUUUGCGCGGCGCGGCCGCAGCGUCGCGGCGCGCGGCGCUCCGCCCGGAGCGCUUCGAGGACGCGUUCCGUUACUGGCGCUUCGUCGGGGGGGCGGAACGGCCGGCAAAGGCGGAACAGGAGAACGUGGAGUCGGAGUUGUGUGAGGAGAAUGCGACAUAGAAAACCGAUGAUGUAUGCUUGUACUAGAAACUGAGACAUAUUCUUCUGCGGUCAAGUUGAGAGAAUAUCGAAGUCAAAAGCUUGGAACGAUCAUUUUUAGUGUUGCGAACACUCCUGUAGAAAUUACAGCUCCUGGUGCUAUACAUGUUUAUGGAGAAUGUCACGUAUAUGAAGUGUGAGAUUGAAUAUAUAGACGAGUAAAACACUGGCCGACCGUUGACAACGGAACUUAAAGAAAGGAUCAAUGCAGUCGAACUAUUGUAGUAUACUUUUUAGUGGCGUAUAGUUUGGUUUGAUAAAGAUUUGUUAUACAACAUAAAUCGAGUCAACGCAUCUCUGAGUCCGUGCACGGUAAAAGCUCACCGGGCCAAUAUUCAAGAGGACGAUUCACAGCCUUAAUUGGAUAUGAGGGACGCUUCUGGAAGGAGA